GUAAAACAGACGUAUAUGUUCCGUCCAGCAGGCGGCGCUGUUUCCGGUUGCAUCAACCACUGAAGCAGCUGCAGAAGAAGAAAACCCGGAAGUAAACACAUGAACGCAUUUGAACCGAAGCGGUAACGUGAGGCGAGAUGGAAGCGACCGACUUCCAGGACGCUUUAGACGACUGGUUCAUCGAGUCCCUGAAGACGUACAAAGACCUCCACGUGUAUCAGCUGGAGCAUCCCACUCAGGUGCUGGAGUGGACCUCAGGGAGGACUGUGUGCGUCGCAGGACACGAACCCUCCAGGAACGAAAUCCUCGAGCUGCAUUUGCCUCGGAAACUGUUCGCUGAUGAAAAUAAGGGACUCUGUGCAGAGCGGGACUUCAAAGUAGACCACGGUGGGUUCACGGACGGUCCGGUCCGCUGCCUCGCACACGUCCCGGGAACCAGGUGCGUCGUCACCAACGACGGGCUGACCUCCGACCUUCAGGUGUGGAGUGUAGGAGGAGACGAGAGCGACGCGAUCCGGCUGACGGGGCGUGUCGAGGGGAGGAGUAACCGGAGGAGGAGGAGCUUACCGGACGCAGUCUGCAGGGUGGCGGCUGCUCGCUCCUCUCGGGUUCUGCACGGCGCUGUGAGCGGCGACGUGCGCGUGACCGAGCUGACCUCGGGUCGGGUCCUCUACACGCUGGACACCGACUCGGACGAACCCCUGAGCUCGUUGCGUUUCGCGGGCGACGCGGUCUUCCUCGCCGGCUGCUCCAACGGGAACGUCUACGUGGCCGACACCCGGACCCCCGCCCCGCCCGGGCUCCACCCCCCGCCGACGUCCCCGGGCGACCCCGCCCUCUGGCAGACGGAGGCGUCCCCCGGCGGCGCCGUCCUGCGGCUGUCGGCGUGCGGUCGGGCCGUGGUGUCCGACCCGAGGAGCCCCAGGGGGGCCGCAGGCCGGGCUCGGCUGGAGGUCCCGCCGGGGGGCCGCGGCCCGCAGGGGGGCGUGUCGUGGGCCCCGGCGCUGGACGGCUGCAUCUCGGUGUCGGGGUUCGGUGCAGCGGUCCGGAUCUACGACACCUCCGUCUGGCCGACGGAGCCGCUGGACGUCCCGCCGCUGUUUGAGCACCGCGGGCACGCCGUUUAUUCGCAACCCGCCGCCGCCGACGUCUUCGUCACGGCCCACGCGUGGCACCCCGAGCGGCCUCGGACGCUGCUGUCCGCCGCCUCAGACGGGUCGGUCCACCUGUGGGACUGGGUGGACCCGCUCUCACAGUGAAGAACCGACGUCCAGAGAGAAGUCAAAUCGAGGAGGGAACAAUAAAGCUUGUGAUGAAAAUGGAACAAAUUCAUGAGUACUUUUUACAGGUGCAGUAUUUUAAAACUGAGUAUAUAGAUAUUCUUUAAUAUGUUAUCAUAUUAAGUUAAGGCUAACAUACUUAAUAAGACCUAUUUUUAUUUUUAACUCCAAUUAUAUGGAAUCAUAAAUAAAAUGU